UAAAUACUGUUGCUGAAUUUUGAUAACAAGUUCCUGUAAGUCCACAAACGAGCUUAAACCUACUGAACCACAUAUCUGCGCACCAGUACAGAGACAGUCGACACAAGCAUCCGGGAUUUUUUGAUUGUGUGUGACUCACUGGGAACACAGAUUUCCCCCAAACACUAGACAACGUCGAAGUCGCACCCACUUGUUAAGUCAUCAGUUUGAGGCAAUCAAGUCUAAAAAUGGCUGCUGUGGAGAACGAACCGCGCACAGAGCUCCAGGAGCUGCAGCUGAAGUCAGCUACAGUGGCAGAUGAAUCGCUGGAAAGCACCCGCCGCAUGCUGAGUCUCAUGGACGAAAGCAAGGAGGCGGGCAUUCGUACCCUGGUAGCCCUUGAUGAUCAAGGAGAGCAGCUGGAUCGCAUCGAGGAGGGAAUGGACCGCAUCAAUGCUGACAUGCGAGAGGCCGAAAAGAAUCUCAGCGGCAUGGAGAAGUGCUGUGGCAUCUGCGUAAUACCCUGGAAGAAGGUGAACAUCAAAGACGAUGGAGACAGCGCCUGGAAGGGCAACGAUGAUGGCAAAGUUGUGGCCAGUCAGCCCCAAAGAGUGAUCGAUGAGCGCGAGCGCGGUGGCAUGGGCGCACCUGCACAGUCUGGCUAUGUGGCACGAAUAACCAACGAUGCACGCGAGGAUGAAAUGGACGAGAAUCUGGGCCAAGUGAAUUCAAUGCUGGGCAACUUGCGCAACAUGGCCCUGGACAUGGGAUCUGAGCUGGAGAAUCAAAACAAGCAAGUCGAUCGUAUCAACGCCAAGGGCGAUGCCAACAACGUUCGCAUGGAUGGCGUGAACAAGCGCGCAAACAACCUGCUCAAGAGUUAAAUAUGCACUAAGAAAAUGGACUCGUAUCUCAAAUCAAUAACCAAGCCGAUAACCCAAUCCCCCGGAUUAAUUCGAACCCCUCUUUACUUCUGCCCUUAUGGGAAGAAAAGCAAAUGUUAUGGGCACAAAACUAUAGCAGUUGUAGAAGCCAGUGGUUGCUACCCCGAUAUUUAUACUAUAUAUUAUAUACAUAUACAAGUAGAAGAAGAAAAACUGGACUAUACUGUGCAACAAACCCAUCUAUACACUAUACAAGCACUCUUUUGUACAACCAACUGAAGGUACCAAUUACUUACGUUCGACUACUAAAUGUACAUUUAUGCGAAAAGCAAAGCCCAAUUACUACUGUUACUAUUACUAUACAUGUGUACAAACAAAAGCAACCGACCCGAGCGUUGCGGAGCCCAAUUUUACUGAGAUUUACCUUAUAAUGUACUCUGUUUUUGGUACACACUUUUUGAGGCAUUUUACCUAUGGAACUUGUGGAAUAAUCAAACCUACACAUACUAUACUAUAAAUGUAACUAUUGAGAUAAAUAUGAAUGUAUUUAUGUACAACCCGUAGACCCGAA